UUGCAAAUUGAUUGCGAUGGUUCUGUCUUUUUCUGUGAAUGCUUCCAGAAGGGAAAGCAAAUAGCUACUUCUUGCUCUACCUUCGACACGACGCUAGACGUGGAAGACUUCGCUGACAGCGCCAUGAUUCCUGAUGUAGAUUUGAAGAAGAUGGGCUUAAGGGGCGAAGGUGAUCCGCUUCUGAAGGCGCGCAAGUUCGAAGGAGACAUCCUUGGUAUAUCCAACUCGGAAGACGUCAAACUUAGCCGGGUGCCCGACGGCGCGGCUCGUAGCGCUAUCCGUGACAAGUGGCGACGUUGGCCGACGAAGGAAAUACCGUACGUCUUGUCCAGCCGUUACGGUAGUUACAGUAGGAAAGUUAUUGCCAAAGCGAUGGAUCAGUACCACAAAAAGACGUGCAUCCGAUUCGUUCCCCGCGAUCCUCAGAAACAUACCGACUACGUGUACCUCUUUCCCGAUGAUGGAUGCUAUUCUUUGGUUGGACGGUCCGGAGGACGUCAGCCGAUCUCACUUGACCCCGGUUGUAUGGAGGUUGGGACUAUCAUUCACGAGUUGAUGCAUUCGGUUGGAUUUUUCCACGAGCAAAGUCGGACGGAUCGAGACGAGUAUAUCAAGGUGAUUUGGACGAAGAUAAUGCCGGGCGCAAAGGAUCAGUUCGAGAAGUACGACUCAAGGACAGUAGACCAGCUGAACAUCAAUUACGAUUACGGUAGCAUCAUGCACUACGGGCCGUACGCAUUUAGCAAAAACGGCGAGAAGACGAUCCUUGCGCUUAAACGGGGGGCCUCACGGAUGGGUCAGAGGGACGGCUUUAGCGAACUGGACCUGAUGAAGGUAAAGAAAUUGUACGAUUGCGGUGAUAUGACGAACGUCAGUGUGACCACCAAUGAGUUAAGCCCUGAAGAUGAUAACGAGGGUGACGUAAACGUGGAGCCGCGUACGACAGGGGGUGCCAAGUGCCUUAACGAAAAGUGGGAAUGCUACUUUUGGGCGUUUCUCAACCACUGCCGUCUGUACCCGGAGUACAUGCGUCAGAACUGCCGGAAAGCGUGCAACAUGUGCAACGAAGACGCGGCCUCGGCAGCCGUGACUACCACGGCCACGGAAGCCAGCACCGUCCGAAGGAAGAAGUGCGAGGACCAGAACGGUCAUUGCAACGUCUGGGCCAGCAGGGGCUUUUGCGACAAGACUGGCUAUCGCCAUUUCAUGUUGGCUACGUGUCCGAUGUCCUGCCAGGACUGCGAGAGCGGCAAGCUAAUGGCCAGCGACAACGAGUUGCCUCAGACAAGAGAUUACGGUGAGGCGGCUCAGGUAACUGCCACCCACGCCUGUGCUGACAAACGGGGACUAGAAGCCAGGUGCAAGCUGUUCGCCUCCUGGCAGAUGUGCGGUGGUCGAAACGAGCGGGACAUGAGGCAUCUGUGCCCAAGUUCCUGUGGCUACUGCGGUGAAGGUAAAGGCAAGUCGUCGACAACGGUUUCAUGGCGCGGACUUUCGAAACUGGUCGUGCCUUGA